AUGAUUGGGCCAGAUGGCCGCUAUGACUACUCAACGCCUGGGAGUCAUGGAUACAGCAUCCCGAAUGUUGUCAUGGGAGAUCCCAGCAACAGACGCCUCAAAGUCGUUACUAUCGGUGCCGGGUUCUCCGGGAUUUUGCUUGCUUAUGAGCUACAAAAGCACUGCCGAAAUGUCGACCAUGUUAUCUACGAGGAGAAUCACGAGAUAGGUGGUACUUGGUUGGAGAAUAGCCCUGAUAUUUGGGAAUAUUUGGACAAGGUGACAAAUACUUUUGGGCUCCGAAAGUACAUGAAUUUCCACACUGAGGUUAUUGACGCGGCUUUCGAUGAGGCCCGUGGCAAAUGGAAACUCAAGAUCAGACGCAACAAACCUCAAAGUGGCAAGUUUGACCCUACUAAAGAGCCAGAGGGCGAGAUCUUCUACGACGAAUGUGAUCUCUUGCUAUACGCCACUGGCAUUCUCAACAAAUUCAAGUGGCCUGAGAUUACUGGGAUCGAGAAUUUCAAGGGGCGGCUUGUUCAUACUGCUCAUUGGCCAGAGGAUUAUCAGGCCGAGCAAUGGAAGCAGGAUCGCGUUGCUGUCAUCGGUUCAGGGGCCUCUUCUGUUCAGACUGUACCCGGAAUGCAACCUUACGUCAAACACAUGGAUGUCUUCGUUCGCACUGGUGUCUGGUUCGUUCAGGUCGCAAACAACUACGGCUCCAAUUACGAAUAUACGGAGGAACAGAAGCGAGAAUUCAAGGAGCGCCCAGAAACUCUAGUAGCCCACGCCAAGGAUAUUGAAAACCAGAUGAACGGCAAGUGGGGGGUUUACUACGCAGGCACUGAGAAACAAAAGGCUGCCCGCGAGCUAUUCAGAAAACGAAUGGCGGAGUUUAUCAAAGAUGAGCGCUUGUUGAAGGGCUUCACACCCAAGUUCGAACUUGGCUGCCGCCGAGUCACUCCCGGCGACCCUUAUAUGCAAGCCAUUCAGGAGCCAAACGUCGACGUCCACUUUACUCACGCCCAGACAAUCACGGAAAAGGGUAUCAUUGGAGGAGAUGGCAUUGAGCGCGAGGUCGAUACCAUCGUAUGUGCCACCGGCUUUGAUGUUACCUACCGGCCUGGAUUCCCUUUAGUUGGCCUCAAUGGCAUCGAGCUGGGUAAGAAGUGGGAAAAUGCGCCUGAGGGAUAUCUUGGCCUCGGCUCAGCAGAUAUGCCCAACUUUAUCAUGUUCCUCGGUCCCACAUGGCCCGUCACAAACGGCUCAAUUGCUGGCCCUGUCCAGGCUGUAGCCAAGUACGCUGUGCAGAUUGUGCACAAAAUGCAAAGGGACAAUAUCAAGUACUGGGUGCCCAAGCAGCAUGUUGUGGAUCAGUUCAACGACCACGCGCAGGAAUGGUACAAGCAUAGUGUCUGGAAGGACUCUUGUCGCUCCUGGUACAAGAACAAUGACACGGGUCGUGUUAAUGCAGUCUGGCCUGGUUCAGCUCUGCACUACAUGGAUACUAUUAGCGUGCCCAGGUAUGAGGACUUUGCUAUAGAGUACCACAAUAACAAUAUGUGGGGCUUUCUAGGUAUGGGAUUCGCUCUUGACAACAUCAACGAGAACUGGAGUCCUACGGUCAGUAUCGAGAAUCUGGACCCGAAGUGGCUUGAGAGUGCUGGCGUGAAAGUACCUGACCAGUUAAGGAAAGAAAAUCCUUCCUCUACUAAAGUAAAGGGAUAG